CUUGGGUGUGCCAUCUUUUUUGCAAAGCGUCAGAAACGGGCUUCCAUACCUCCACCCUCUGUGACAGAGAGACAUUUGCAGCUCCUCCACACGCUCAUUUGGAGUCACUCCCACCAGAACGCGCACUAAAGCCCUGCCAUUCACGCGCAGCCACUGAGGAGCAACAUCUGCUGCAGCAGCGGAUCCACAGCAAGGACUUUUGUUUCACAUGUGAUUGCAAAAGUGUUUUUUUUGCCUCCUCUGCAUGCAUGGAUUAAACCUGAAAAAAAAAAAGUUGGCACCUGCUUCUUGGAGUCAGAAUAAUGCAUUGCGCAUGAAUCUCUGCUCACUUACUGCGUUUAAUUCACACGAGAGAAGCGCGUCUCCAUCUCACAGGAUGCGAGUGGCGCGUUGAGUGCUGCAGCUGCUGCGCGUUCUUUGGAACCAAAGUUGCGCAAAGAGCCGCCGGCGUUCUGCGCAAUAAUCCAUCGCUGCAAUGUCAGCCAUACGGAGGAAAUUUGGGGAGGAUUACCAGGUGGUGAACACCAACCGGGGCAUGAGUUUCUCUGCCCCGGUGAAGAGGAAGAGGCAGCGGUUCGUGGAGAAGAACGGCCGCUGUAACGUCCAGCACGGGAACCUCGGCGGAGAGACGAGCCGUUACAUCUCGGACCUCUUCACCACGCUCGUGGAUCUCAAGUGGCGCUGGAACCUGCUCAUCUUCAUCCUCACCUACACGGUCGCGUGGCUCGUCAUGGCUUCAAUGUGGUGGGUGAUCGCGUACAUCCGCGGCGACCUGAGCCACGCCGGCCACGACUCCUCGUAUACGCCGUGCGUCGCCAACGUGUACAACUUUCCCUCCGCGUUUCUGUUCUUCAUCGAGACGGAGGCGACCAUCGGUUACGGCUACCGCUACAUCACGGAGAAGUGCCCCGAGGGCAUCAUCCUCUUCCUCUUCCAGUCGCUGCUGGGAUCCAUCGUGGACGCAUUCCUCAUUGGCUGCAUGUUCAUCAAGAUGUCGCAGCCGAAGAAGCGCGCAGAGACGCUCAUGUUCAGCCAGGACGCGGUGAUCUCGCAGCGGGACGGGAAGUUGUGCCUCAUGUUCCGCGUGGGGAACCUUCGGAACAGCCACAUGGUGUCCGCGCAGAUCAGGUGCAAACUCAUCAAGUCCCGUCAGACACCGGAGGGCGAGUUCCUGCCACUGGACCAGUGUGAACUGGAUGUGGGUUUCGGGACGGGGGCGGACCAGCUCUUCCUGGUGUCGCCUCUAACCAUCUGUCACGAGAUCAACAACAAGAGCCCGUUCUUCGAUCUGUCGCAGCGCUCUCUCAUGAACCAGCAGUUUGAGAUCGUCGUCAUCCUUGAGGGCAUUGUGGAAACCACUGGCAUGACGUGCCAGGCGAGGACGUCCUACACUGAGGACGAAGUCUUGUGGGGUCAUCGCUUCCUCCCUGUCAUGUCGCUGGAAGAGGGUUUCUUCCGCGUGGACUACUCCCAGUUCCACAACACCUUUGAGGUCCCUACUCCGCCUUACAGCGUCAAAGAACAGGAGGAGACGUCCUCGCUGACCUCGCCCAAUCCUCUGCCCGUCGCUCCUACCCCCACCUCUCCUCUGCUGGGUAACGGUGCCCGCGGGGGCCGCAGGGAAAGGCUCCUGUCAGCAGACUACGCAGACCACGUGGAGGACCACUAUGCCUCCAGGCUGCCCAGCAAACUUCAGCGCAUGAGCUCAACGAAGGAGAACUUGUGGAGGGGGUCGAAGACAGGUGUGGCCUUGCCGGGAGGGAAGGCCUCCAGCACCGGAGACCUGCCGCUGAGUAUUCAGAGGUUACGGUCCAGCUCCAUCCCGAUAGUGAGGCAAGGGCAUGCAGAGGAGCAGGUCCAGCUGUUGUCCUUGGAUGGAAAUGCAGAGGAGGUGGAGGUGGAGAAGCACAGACUCCCAGCGGCCGUGAGCACCAUCACUGCUGUGAAAACAACACUCAUCCAGAUCCCGCUGGUAGGGAGUCGACCCGAGGACAACCUGCCCCCGAAACUGCGCAGAAUGAAUGCUGAUCGUUAACUUCCUCUCAGACUUAAAUGAACUUUUAAAAAUGAAGGGCAUUUGUGUGUAAAUAAGGAUUACUGCGAUCUAUUGAUUCACUUUUUUUGCAAACUCUCUCCAGUAUUUAUAUUUACUUUCAGGCGCUCGACAGGUUUGUCCGUUUCUGCGAGAAAGAAGGAGGACAACGCCAAUAAAGCCAUCCAUCCGCUCAUACUGUGAGUCAUAUUUGAUAGAUCACCAUCUGUGCCCCCCUGCUGACUUCUAACACUUCUGCCCUUGUGCUCGUUUCUUUCACUUCUGUUCAUGGAGUCACAUCAGAGCGUUUAUUAUAAUUAUCAUUAUUAUCUCCGCCAGUAGCUUUCGGUUAAUCAGGCACCAAAGUCAAAGUCAUCAAUACCACGGACCUUAAGUGAUGACUGGCAAAACAUCUCCAUCAAAUCUUCAUUCAUUAACAUCAACACAGAUUUUUUUUUUUUUUUACAGUCAAACAUUCAAACCCAAUGUUGAUUUAGCUGAUCAGUUCCCGAGAUUUAUUACAUUGUUUUCUCGGCGUAACAUAGUUCCUCACUCAAAUUGGAAAUAUACUGAGCACUGGCGUAUCACCAUCCAGAGAACAGAAAAAGAAUAAUUCAGUCUAGACUGCAGUGUGAAAACUAAUCAAACGUAGGUUUUUAAGUGCAGCGUUGCAGCAUAUUACUCCCUGAAUGGGACAAAAUCCAGGUAUGAAAGCACCCUCAGUCAGGUUUGAUAGUAUUGCCUUGCCUGAGCCUGUUUUCAGACGUCGGACGCAGCAGGAAGACCACACAGAAGCAUAAUAACGUCUACAGCAACAGAAAUCACCAAAAAUGACGCACUGCAUCUUUAAGAUUAGCAGUACACGUCGUCAACGUAAAACUCAGCAUUCAAAGUAGUUGUCAUGUUCAGUGUUAAGUGACAUUUGGGGUCACAUGAGCAAAUAAACACACGCUGAUAUAUUUGACUUUUAUUCGGUUAUUUAUUUCUGUAACCGGUGACACAAAAAUGGAUGUUUCAGACUGAGCUCCCUCUCGGUGUCUCCAGGUAGACUUCCAGAGCAGCUUGUGUCCUAUUCAGGAGAGCUGAGCUCCCCUUCUCUCCGUGGUAAUUCAAACCAUGGUCACGUUUCAUCCUCAGGUUAUUCAAAUACUCACAUUUUGGGAUUGCGGCGCUCUUUGCUCAGUUCCUCUCAUCAGAUGAGCACAAGCACGUGACAGAGGACCUGAACAAAUCUCCCCAACUCUGAAACUCACAAGUGAUAUUGACACGUUUUAUUACAUUUAUUGGAUCGUGUUUUAUUCGCAGGAGUUGUUGCUGGUGCUGAAGUUGCAAACAUUCAGCCAAAAGGGAACUAAAUGCAGAGUAGUUGUAGAGUAGUCCGUACAUUGUGAUCGAUAUAAACGCACAGGGCAUUUUUCUAUCCCCAUUGCACUGUGCAACAAAGUUUUAACAUUAUGAUAAGCCAAAAAAAGUUGUCUACUCCUGCUUUUUAAAUGUAUUGUAUAUGAUAUGAAUGAUACGAUUUUGGUAAAUGAUAAAAUGUGCAUCCCAUGUUUUGCUUCUCCUCCUGUUUUCCACCACAAUCAUCCCACAUUCCCUCCAUCUACUAUAUGAAGAGAUCUAUGCUGUUUUUGGUGUGUGUUUUUUUCCCCCCAGAUAUUCUGAAUUUGCAUCCAAAGUAAGCAAACAUUUGUUUUUCUAUUGCAAUGUUGACAUGUAAAAGUAGAGACCUGGGGAAACAACUCUUCUGUUGCGGAGAGUUUUUGGAGUCCUCAAACAAAUUUGCAGCGUUUUCCCGUUUUAUUUAUUUAUUUAUUUUUUUAAAUGACAUGCCUAAAAUUAAGCUUUAAUUAGUUUAUCAAACAUUAUGCACAAAUUUGCCCCUGUUGGGAUUUAUAUAACGAUUUAGGUCCCAACAGUUUGCCGUCUUUAAAAAGUGGGUCCCCAUAUAGAAUGUUUGGGAAACACUGGACUAGAGUGUGAUUCUAGACUCUGCAGCCUUUUAGGUCACCUCCUUAUGCAGUGUUACCCAGGCAUGACACACCAGUUGUACAUGAGAUACAUGAGAUCUCAAAAUUAAACCUUUGAGUGGUUUGUGUCCUCCAUGGCCAACAGUGUUCUCACUGGGUCAUUUGUAUUUUCCAUCUGCUUCACUGCUGUGGUGUUCCACAAGGUUCAGUCCUUGGUCCUAUUCUGUUCUCACCUUACAUGCUUCCCUUAGGUCAAAUAAUUAGCACAUCUGGUUGUAUAUCCUACCACCUCUCUGAAGAUGAUACCCUACUCUAUCGCUCAGUAAAAACCAGAUGACCUCAGCAACCUGAACGCCCUGCACAACUGAUUUAACUGUCACUUUCUACAACUAAAUUAAUAAAUUAGUACAGACAACAUCCUCCAGCAUAUUGGUCCCAGCAUCCAUAUUAAUAAACUGGUUCAAUUAAUUCAACUGAAACACAUUAUUCAUGCUUUUCGCUUUCCAAUGUUCAGUUAGCAUUCACCCCCAAAGCUUUUACAGCGAAAAAGUUUCCUUGGAUAGCUACUGCAACGCAAGAAAAAUAAAUUUCUUUACUUUUUCACAGUCAUGUACACUUUGUGGGCAUUAUGUGUGACUUGGGCCCCUUUAUUUCAUCUUCUUUUCUUUUAUUUUUUGCCAAUAUACGAAACUUAAACUAGCUUAUAUGCCAGCUAGUGUACAAAGUCCAUGGGGUUAGCUGCUAGAAACAAGAAACCUGCUUCUGUCUACCUCUGUAUGAAAUCAAGAAUCCACUGUUUUUCACAAUCAAAGGACAAUUUUGAAUUCACUAUAGAUGUGGCAGCCCUGCAAACUGAAUUAGACCAAAAGUUCAGCUGCUGCACCAUAUUUUUUCAUCACUUGUUCUGAAUAUGUGUUGAUUUGAAUGCAUAUGAGUUUACUACUGUACAGUUUGAACUCUUUCUAACCUACGGUGCAGUGUUUGCAUUGGCCCUGCCUGAGCAAAUGUAAUCACAUAAAAAUGUUGGACUACGUUUGACUUCCUUUCAUCACAAACUGAUUUAUUAAAACUUAAAACAAAUAUCUUGGAAUGCAGGGAUGCUGACAUCAGGGGACACAUGUAUUAUUGCUAAUAUAAAGGCAGACUUCAAAUUCAUACUGCAACUGAUAAUAAAUGCUUUGAAAAAAGACAA